AUGCCAUCGUUAUUUGGUAAAAGUCAAUUAUAUAAAUACGAUGUAACAGUAUCAAAAAAUCAUUUUCUUGUUCUUGUACGUUUACCGGAUUAUUAUUUACGGUUAGCAUCGAAUGCUUCAUCGUCCAUAUCAUGGCCAGUAUUUUCUCGUCCACAACAUUCAACAAUCGAAUGUUUGAUGGAUCACGAUUCUUUAGCAAAACAUUGUAUUCAAUACAUUUUACAACGUCUUCACAUCAAAGAUUCAUCUUAUGUUGGAUUAAAAUAUUACAAUGUGAUUAAUGAACAUUCCUAUUGGCUAGAUCCUGAGUGUGAAAUCAGGAAGCAACUGUCAAAAGAUGAACUAAAGCCAAUACUAAAUUUAUCAAUUAUGUUUUAUCCAAUACAGCCAUAUUCUAUUGUUGAUGAGAAUGAAAGACUUUUGAUUUAUCAACAAAUUUAUUGGAAUUUUAUUUCAUCGUUAUACACAAUUCCUGUCAAUCACAUUUAUUCGAUUGUUGCUUGUUGUGUACAAAGUCUUUUUGGAGAUAAAUUUGAUUUUGCACAGAAUAUUGGAUUUAUUGAAAUGUUAAAAAAUGCUGUCGGUAUGACCGAUAAAUCAGUUGACUUAUUUUCGAAGUCACUAAAUAAGAAUUAUUGCUCGUUAAAUGGACUCGAUCCAUCCGUGGCAAGACAAAAGUUUAUUAAAGAAAUAUCGCAAUUAGAUUCAUAUGGACUUGAAGAGUUUCCUGUUAAAAAUACAAUGAAUAAUCCGGUUUAUAUUGGCGCUAGUUAUCGUGGUUUACAUUCAAAAUUACUUGAAAGUUCAUUUAAACUCGAUGCAAACUGGGAGAAUGUUGUGGCAAUCAGUUCAAAUAAACAACGUCAGAUAACAAUAUCCAUAGAUAAAAAUAAUUAUCGUACGUCAUUCAUCUACUAUACAGACUCGACUAAUUACAAUCAAUAUUGUGUUCGUAUUUUAAAUUUAUUUCGAGUUUAUUUUCUUAAACACAACCAAUAUGUUAUAACCGAAGAAAAACCAUCAAAUGAUGAUCAUAAUAUUGUUUUAAAAGUAACGAAUCAACAAUUAUACAAGAAAAAUUCAUUAAUUCAUAGUGUACCAGAUCUCCGUUCAUCGUCAUCCGGUGCUACUACGACGCCAACAUCAUCACUAUCACCAUCUUCAUCUUGUCGUUCAAAUAGUAGUAUUAUGGCAACAGGAAGUUUACCGAAUUUAUCGCUUAAAUUAUCAACAUUAUCACAAAAAACAAUAACAAAACAAAAACAGAAUGUUUAUGCAACAUUCUCAGACAAUCUUAAUCAACUUCAAAAGAAUGAUGAUGACAAUGAACAUGAAUUAUUUUCAAAAAAGGUAAGUUGUAGUUGUAGCGAAAUACAAAAGUAUACUACGUCGGAAAUUUAUCUUUAAUACUCUGAAACACUUUCUGAUCCGUCAGUCUUAUAAUGUGUGAUUUGGAGACGAUUUUUUUAAAAUAAUUUCAAUUUUUAUAGAUAUCUAAUAAACAUCGUCAAGUACCUUUUAUUGAUACACUUCCUAGUCGAUCAGAUUUGCAAUGUGUGCCACAAAUGGUUUAUCAAUCGAACAAUAGCAAUCUUAUCGAGGUAGGUAACUUGAAAUCCAUAUUCCAUCAUCAUGUGAAAUUCACAUUUCUUUUCAUGUUAUUCUUUCCCCCUACGUUUUUUUCAAGUUAUUUAUUUUUGUUUUUGCCUUCUUUUGUGUUUCUCCUCAUUUUGACAGUUAACUUCAUUGGACAUAUCGUCAUAUAUUGGUCUUUCAUUAGUCUUGGUUGUUCAUUAGUCACAUUUGAUCAGUAUUACAAUAAUAGAAAAUUCAAAUUUCAACAAAAUAAUAAUAAUAAUCGACAGCAGCAGCACUUUCACCUUGUUUUUCUUGUCGAUGUUUAAAAAAUUCUAAAUACGAGGUAAGAGCAUGGUCAGCUUUUUCUAUGAUGUAUGUAUAUGCAUGCGCCAUUGGAGAAAACAUGCACAACAUUUGCAUGAAAUAAUACUUGCAUGAUUUGUUAAAACUGCAAUUUUUUUUUACGAUUAAAUUAUGUUUGAAUUUUGUUUGUGAGAAAGGUUACCUUUAGCUUUAAAGGACGAGAAGCAUACAAUGAAUUUGACAGUAGAUCGUAGUUUUUCUCAUUUUAUUAAAAUCCAUCGGGAGAAUUUCAAAAAAUCGCUGUUUGAACUGAGAGACAGGAAGAUCUGAUGAAACCACUUCAGUAGAGUAGGAGGAAAUGUCGAAGAUAUCAGAACUUGAUUGAUGACGAACUUUCUUCAUAAACUGAUCAUCUAAAAUUUUUAUUAUUUUUUUUCUUCCACAAUCAUGUUAACAUGAAAAUCGGUUAACGGUCAACCUUUUGUCUGUACGUUACCAUUUUUGGUCUUUUGUUCACCUUAUACAAGUUGACGGAUAUAUCAUUAGAGAGUUGAGCGACCAGAGACCGAAACGGGUCAACCAAACGUGACCCGAACCCGGCUCGACCCGAACGUGAGUUCACCCGAACCCGACCCGACUCGAAUGGAUCGGAAAAUUUUGCAGCUGUGAACCGAACUAGACCCAAAACACGAAAAUAUUUUCGUACACAUUCGCAAAGAAACAUUUCUUUCCUAUCGAAAAGUUAUCGUACGAGGGAACGUUUUUAAGUGCCCCCUCGCUUUUUCAACGAAACCUAGUGGGUUAUAGGUUAUCGAUGAUGCUGAUUCCGAAUAUGAAUAUGAGAGCUGCUCUUAGGGUUUCGAAGACCCGAUUUUCUGGAAAACCAGUUUUUCAGAAACCCUGAAAAAUAACCAAAGCUUUUCUUAAAUUGCCAUGCUUGUAGCCCGCACAUUUUUAAUUAAAAUGAGACCUCUCCCAACUCUACAUGACCUUUCUUUGCAAAGUUAUAGAAUUUACAAGGAAAGGCCGAAAUAUUCAUUGUCAACUUGUAUAAG